GCUCUAGUCCCCAGAACUUUCCACCCUCCAAAACCGUAAGGACCAGUGGCGCCAUGGCCAGCGAGACGAGUGAAUCGGAGCCCGUCAAGCGUGAUGUGCGCAAUCACAUACUGUUUGAGAUAGCCACGGAGGUUGCUAAUCGAGUGGGAGGAAUCUACUCUGUCUUGAAAUCAAAAGCUCCAGUCACCACUGCUGAAUAUGGCGAGAGGUAUACGCUUAUCGGGCCUCUCAACCGCAACUCGGCUGCGGUUGAAGUAGAAGAGCUCACGCCGUCGAAUCCCGCUAUGAUCGAAACGAUCAAGUCGAUGAAGGAACGUGGAAUCGAAAUUGUGUACGGGCGUUGGCUCAUCGAAGGUGCUCCCCGAGUGCUUCUCAUCGAUACUGGAACAGGCUAUAAAUACCUGGAUGAGUGGAAAGGGGAUCUCUGGAACACUGCUGCCAUCCCCUCUCCAUCUGCUGAUCAUGAGACCAACGAGGCCAUCGUGUUCGGUUACCUGGUGGCUUGGUUCUUGGGAGAGUAUAUCGCCCAUGAUCAACGCCGUGCGGUUGUUGCUCACUUUCAUGAGUGGCUUGCAGGUGUUGCCUUGCCUCUGACGAAGAAACGGCACAUGGAUCUCACUACGAUCUUCACCACGCAUGCCACCUUACUGGGCCGCUAUCUCUGUGCUGGCUCGGUUGACUUUUACAACAAUCUGCAGUUCUUCGACGUGGAUGCAGAGGCCGGGAAGCGCGGUAUUUACCACCGGUAUUGUAUCGAGCGAGCGGCUGCCCACACGGCGGAUGUCUUUACCACCGUUUCCCAUAUCACAGCCUUUGAGAGCGAGCACUUGCUAAAACGCAAGCCCGAUGGUGUUUUACCUAAUGGCCUGAAUGUCAAGAAGUUCUCUGCGAUGCAUGAGUUCCAGAAUCUGCACUCGCAGGCCAAGGAAAAGAUCAAUGACUUUGUGCGUGGUCAUUUCUAUGGACACAAUGACUUUGACCUGGACAACACCCUGUACUUCUUUACGGCGGGUCGGUAUGAGUUCCGCAAUAAAGGCGUCGACAUGUUCAUUGAAGGUCUUGCCCGCCUCAACCACCGUCUCAAGGCUAGCGGAUCCAACCUCACCGUUGUCGCCUUCAUCAUCAUGCCUGCCCAGACCUCAUCACUGACAGUCGAGUCCCUCAAGGGACAGGCAGUCGUCAAAUCCCUGAGAGACACUAUUGAGAUGAUCGAGAAGGGGAUCGGCAAGAGAAUGUACGAGCGGUGUCUCUCGUGGAAGGAAGGGGACAAUAUGCCCGACGAGAAGGAUCUCAUCACGAGUCAGGACCGCGUGCUCUUGCGCCGCAGGCUAUUUGCCAUGAAGCGCCACGGUCUUCCUCCCAUCGUUACGCACAACAUGACCAAUGAUUCAGAGGACCCGGUUCUGAACCAACUGCGUCGUGUGCAGCUAUUCAACCACCCCUCAGACCGAGUCAAGAUCGUCUUCCACCCCGAAUUCCUGAACUCGUCCAACCCCGUAUUACCCUUGGAUUAUGACGAUUUUGUACGAGGCACCCAUCUCGGUGUCUUCCCUUCCUACUAUGAGCCCUGGGGCUACACGCCCGCGGAAUGCACUGUCAUGGGCGUUCCCAGCAUUACCACGAACCUCUCUGGGUUCGGCUGCUACAUGGAGGAGCUGAUCGAAAACUCCUCCGAUUAUGGAAUUUAUAUUGUCGAUCGUCGGACGAAGGGCGUGGAUGACUCGGUCAACCAGCUGGGCGAUUUCAUGUAUAAUUUUACAUUGAAAAGCCGGCGUCAACGCAUCAACCAGCGCAACCGGACGGAGCGGCUCAGUGAUCUCCUGGACUGGAAACGUAUGGGCAUGGAAUACGUGAAAGCUCGCCAAUUGGCAUUACGCAGAGCAUACCCUUCGUCUUUCUCAGAAACCGAGGACUUUUAUGACAUUAUCGGCGGAACAGAACAGAAGAUCUCGCGGCCCUUGUCGGUGCCAGGCUCUCCACGAGACCGUUCAGGAAUGAUGACACCGGGCGACUUCGCAUCACUGCAAGAAGGUCGGGAGGGACUCAGCACCGAAGAUUAUAUCGCGUGGAAACUGCCAGAGGAAGAGGAGCCUGACGAAUACUUUUAUCCACUCACCCUACGCAACAAGAAGACAUCAGAUCGUCCAGCUUCACCUCUCGAUAGCGUCGCUGAUAGCGUCACCGAUAACGUCGCCGUUAAUGGAAGUAGUAAGACGAGUGAAGCAGUAUAGUUUUCAUAAUGAUGAUGAUAAGUCAGGACG